AUGGCUUGUAAUAGCUUGGCAACAGUGGGAGAAGCAGAAAAAACAUCUCUUGCAGACAGGAAAUCACCAUUGGAGCUGGAGAUGGUUUUAAAGGAGAUAAAUGGCGAUGAGCCUGAUGUCAUUGCCAGGGGAAACAUACUAGAGAGUUUUACAGAGAGUAAAGAAGCACGGGAGUUGAUUAACAGUCUCAGUUUAUGUCAUGAUGGCUUGAUAUUGCAAGAAACAAUAAUUCAGAAAUUUACAGUUAUAAUGAACAUGUAUCAGGAACAACCUCACCUUUUGGACCCACACUUAGAGUGGAUGUUGACUUCACUACUAGAUAUUAUCCGGGAUGAAUCAUCUCCACCUUCUCUUGUCCAUCUGUCUUUCAAGUUCCUCUACAUCAUUUCAAAGGUGCGAGGGUAUAAAACUUUUCUGCGACUGUUUCCUCAUGAAGUAGUUGACAUACACCCAGUCUUAGAUAUGCUUGUGCGUCAGAAUCCAAAAGACUACGAGACCUGGGAGACUCGCUACAUGCUCCUGUUGUGGCUGUCUGUAACAUGCUUGAUCCCUUUUGAUUUGGCACGACUAGAUGGAAAUCUUUCCUCCCUAGAAGGAUGCACCCGAGUGCCAAUAAUGGAUCGCAUUCUCACAGUAGCAAAAUCUUAUCUAGUUGUCAGUGACAAGGCUCGAGAUGCAGCUGCAGUAUUGAUAUCAAAGUUUGUUACCCGCCCCGAUGUCAAACAAAAAAGAAUGGCAGACUUCCUGGACUGGACCCUUUCAACAUUAUCUAAUUCCUCCUUUCAGACUAUUGAGGGGACUAUUGUAAUGGAUGGCAUGCUUCAAGCCUUGGCUCAACUCUUUAAGCAUGGCAAAAGAGAAGACUGUUUGCCAUAUGCUUCUACUGUGCUUGAAUGCCUUGAUAACUGCAAGCUCUCUGAAAGUAACCAAACACUUCUUCGCAAGCUGGGGGUGAAACUUGUUCAGCGACUUGGCCUGACAUUUCUUAAGCCAAAGGUGGCAAAGUGGAGGUAUCAGCGGGGCUUCCGCUCUUUAGCUGCAAAUUUGCAGUUUUCUACUGGGGAUUCCACUGCACAGAAAACAACGAAUGCAGCCGCUGUCACUGAGCAGGAGGAGGAGGACGAGGAAUACGAUAUCCCGGGAGAGGUUGAAAAUGUUGUAGAACAAUUGCUGAUCGGACUGAAAGACAAAGACACCAUUGUCAGAUGGUCUGCAGCCAAAGGGAUCGGUAGGCUGACUGGAAGGCUGCCAAAAGAGCUAGCUGAUGAUGUGGUUGGAUCUGUUUUAGAUUGCUUCAGUUUCCAGGAAACGGACAAUUCUUGGCAUGGCGGAUGUUUGGCUUUAGCUGAAUUAGGAAGAAGAGGGUUGUUACUACCCUCCCGUCUUUCAGAUGUUGUUCCUGUGAUUUUAAAAGGACUGACCUACGAUGAAAAGCGAGGCGCCUGCAGUGUUGGCUCCAACGUCAGGGAUGCGGCUUGCUAUGUUAGUUGGGCUUUCGCUCGUGCCUAUGACCCAUUAGAAUUGAGGCCGUUUGUUAAUCAGAUCUCAAGUGCCCUGGUGAUAACUGCAAUAUUUGACCGUGAUAUUAACUGCAGAAGAGCUGCCUCGGCUGCCUUCCAGGAGAAUGUUGGUAGGCAGGGUACUUUCCCACAUGGAAUUGAUGUUUUGACCGCAGCAGAUUAUUUUGCUGUUGGUAAAAUAGCUAAUUGUUUUCUCAAUAUAAGCGUGUACAUUGCUGGUUUUCCUGAGUAUACAGAGCCAAUGAUUGAUCACCUGGUUAACAUGAAGAUCAACCACUGGGAUGGUGUUAUUCGGGAGUUUUCAGCCAAAGCACUGCAUAAUCUCACACCUCAGGCCCCUGAAUAUAUGACAUAUAAAGUUUUACCAAAACUGCUGCCCUUGGCAGUGGGCACAGAUUUACACACUCGUCAUGGAGCAAUUCUCGCUUGUGCGGAGAUCACCCAUGCCUUAAGUAAGCUGGCAGAAGACGAUAAGAGGUCGGUUACAUCCUUUCUGAAUGAGAAAAUCUUGGAAGGACUUAAGCAGAUCCAUGUCGAGCUUUGUCGUCGUCAGUUGUACCGGGGUUUAGGUGGAGAACUAAUGAGACUUGCAGUCUGCACAUUAAUUGAAAAGUUGUCAGUUUCAAAAAUGCCUUUUAGAGGAGAUUCCAUCAUUGAUGGCUGGCAGUGGCUCAUAAAUGACACCUUACGAAGUCUUCAACUGGUUUCAAGCAAUACAAGACAGCAAAUAAAAGAAUCAGCUGUCUCUGCAUUAGCCACCCUGUGUAAUGAAUAUUACUGCCUGAAAGAGGGAGGAGCCCAUCCAGUUCAACAAGAUGAGCUGGUGAAGCAAUACAUGUCAAAUCUUCAAAGCCCUGAGGAAAUGAUUCGGGGUGGCUUUUCACUAGCCUUGGGUGCCCUUCCAAGGUUUCUUCUGAAAGGGAAGCUCCAGGAGGUUUUAGAAGGUUUGAAGGAGGUCACUUGCAUUUCCUCCAAAGAUGCGAGCUUUGCUGAAUCCAGAAGAGAUGGCCUCAGAGCUAUUGCAAAGAUUUGCCUGACAGUAGGGGUGAAAGGUGAAGGGUCACCAACCGAAUUCGUCUGCAAAUAUAACGUUGCGCAAAUAUACAACACAUUGCUGAAUGGUCUGAAUGAUUACACAACAGACAGUCGAGGUGAUGUUGGAGCAUGGGUGAGAGAAGCUGCUAUGACCAGUUUAAUGGAAGUGACUUUGCUGUUAACACAGAAUGAGCCAGCAUUAAUCGACGCUAACGUCUCUAAGAAAAUUAUGUGCUGCCUAGCCCAGCAGUCGGCUGAAAAAAUUGACCGCUUUCGAGCCCAUGCAGGAUCUGUGUUCCUGACACUUCUGUACUUUGACAACCCUCCAGUUCCACACAUACCCCACCGAGAGGACUUAGAGAGGAUAUUUCCAAGAUCAGAGGCAGUUACCUUCAACUGGAAUGCACCAUCACAAGCCUUUCCCAGCAUCACACAGCUUCUGGGGUUACCGACGUAUCGAUACCAUGUCCUGACAGGUCUAACAGUGUCUGUUGGUGGAUUAACUGAAUCAACAGUGCGGUGCUCAUCACAAAGCAUGUUUGACUACCUGAAGGGAAUUCAGAGCGACAUGAAUGCCAUGAGCAGCUUUUGUGGGACGCUGCUACAGGUCUUUGAGGACAACCUUCUGAAUGACAGGGUGUCGGUACCACUUCUGAAGAUGCUGGACCAGCUGUUGGCCAAUGGAUGCUUCGACAUCUUUGUAGCUGAAGAAAACCAUCCGUUUCCCAUGAAAUUACUUGCACUUUGCAAAGAGGAGAGCAAGAGAAGUAAAGACACCCAGAAACUUCGCUCAAGCAUUGCAGUGUUUUGUGGCCUGAUUCAAUUUCCAGGCGACAUGAGAAAGAAAGUUUUAUUUCAGGUCUUCCUUCUUCUUUGCCAUCCAUUUCCUAUUAUAAGGAAGACAACAGCCAGUCAAAUUUAUGAAAUGCUAAUAACCUAUAGUGAUAUCGCUGACCCUGAAAUUACAGAAGAAGUUAUGACAAUUCUGAGUGAUACUAACUGGGAUGCAGAGUUGCCACUUGUGAGGGAGAAACGUAACUACAUCUGUGACUUAAUGAAAGUUCCCAAACCACAACUGGUAGCCAAGAGCACAUAAUUGGAAACCCAUUAAUGGUGAAAACAAAAAUUCUUGGGAUGUGGUAACACAAAAGUGGAA